AUGAAACUCCCUACAUGGCUAUGGAUAUUCUCCGACGACAAAACACCCACGCCACCACCAUCUCAACUCCUACUAUUCUCCGACGACACAACCACCAUCACUUCAAACACAACCGCAACCACCACAAUCACCAGUUGCAGCCUCCACAACAACCACUCAUCCCCUCGAACCCUAGCCUUAACCAUCUCCCACCUCCGCCUCACAUCCCUCCAACCUCUCCCGACCCCCCACGUCAACUUCCUCGCCGUCCAUAACCACCACCUUUACGCAGCCACCGGGAACCUCAUCCACGUAAUAGACACCACAUCUUUGGCGUUAAUCGACACCUUCAGUGUCGCCGGAUCUUCGUCGGGCUCCGUUAAGUCCAUUACUUUCAGCAACGGAAGCAUUUUCACUGCUCAUCAGGACAACAAGAUCCGAGUAUGGAAAUUAACGCAGAACAAACGGCACAAACACAUCGCAACACUUCCGACGUUCGAAGAUCGGUUGCGCCAUUCGGUUUUACCAAAGAAUUACGUCAAUGUGAGACGUCACCGGAAAAAACUAUGGGUCGAGCACCACGACGCCGUUUCUGGACUGGCGUUGAUCACCGAUCAGUUAAUGUGCUCGGUUUCUUGGGACAAAUACUUGAAGAUUUGGAGGACAUCGGAUUUGCGAUGUGUGGAGAGUAUAAAAGCACACGACGACGCCAUCAAUGCGGUGGUGGUGGCGGCGGAUGGAACGAUAUUCACCGGCUCCGCCGACCGCCGGAUUAAAAUCUGGGGAAAAGCGGUGAGGAAGUAUGGGCUGACUGCCACGUUGGAAAAGCACAAGUCAUCUGUGAAUGCGUUGGCACUAAACGACGACGGAUCGGUGUUAUUUUCGGGUGCAAGUGACCGAUUGAUUUUAGUGUGGGACAAGGAACACGGUAGCAAUCGUAUGGUGCUGACGAGCACAUUACGUGGACACUCUAAUGCAAUACUUUGUUUGAUCAACGUUUCUGAUUUAUUGUUCAGUGGGUCUGCUGAUCGAACGGUCAGGAUUUGGCAACGUGGAUACAAUGGUAAAUUUUAUUGCUUGAAAGUGUUGGACGGGUAUGAAAAACCCGUCCGAUCACUGGUGUCGGAUUCUGCAAAAACUACAAACGUAAGAGUGUUUAGUGAAAGCUUUGAUGGAUGUAUGAGAAUGUUGACUAUUGAGGGUUUGAUUCUUUCGAAUUAUAUGUCUAAUAAAAAAUGA